GUUUGAAAUAACGAUCCUUUUUAAAUUCGAAUCCCGACAGUGAAAAACUGCCAAAUUUUGGUGCAGGUUUCCCGUCCCACCUGCUCCAUCUUUUUUUGAAUUUUCUGCAACAGUAUGGGUGAUGGAGGUUUGAGUCAAGAUGACUUUCGUAAAUUGUUGGCUACGCCUCGCGCACCACCUUCCGGUGAGGAAGCUUCACCGUUCAAGAUGCCUCCCGCCAAAACACCUCGCAAUACCGGCGCAGUCUUUGCUAAACCUCGGCACGUAAAGAAGAAGCGACCGGAUUCCAAUAGAAAAUCGUCCGAAGAUAAAUCUACAAACGAGACUUUACACUAUCGCGAUCGUGCGGCCGAACGACGAGCAGCGGAGGAUGAUCCGGAAGCACCCCUUUCCACGGAAGAGAUUCUUUUAAAGACCACCGUUGAAAAGGGCGACACGCUCGAUGCCCAACAGGUUUACGAACAAUCGAAAUAUCUUGGCGGCGAUGUCAGUCAUACCCAUUUGGUAAAAGGUCUUGACUUUGCCUUGCUGCAAAAAGUACGCACAGAAAUUACACAAAAGAAGCAAGAAAUCAGCGAAAGAAAAGCAGAUUUAGAGGCAGAGGAUGAGUUGGAAGCGGUGAUGGACAAGAUCAAUCGAGGAGAACGGAUUGCCGCAGGCACGAGUGACGAUGAAAUGGAAACAGAGGAAACGAAUGAACCCGUCUUUCAUUCAAUCGUAGCACGGAAUAUCUUUAAUCUUGUUCACUCGACACCUCCAGCGAAAAAUGAAACAUUGACGCCUGGGAGAAUGGCCUUCGUUUUCGAGUUGGCGGAUGAAGUCGGUCAUUACAGCGAUGCGUUUGCUAUACCAACCGCAGUGAUACGGAGUAAAGCCGAUGUAGCUCUGCUGCACAAAAAGAUGGGCUGGUCGGAAGAUUUGCAGGCAGAAUCCGAACUGGUGAUCUCCAAAAUCUCCCAGGUCAUGACACGCUUACGGACCGAAGAACGAUUACCCAAGCUACCGGGGCAAAAGACAGUGAAAGUAGAAGGCAAAGGAAAAGAGCCGACCCAUGUGACGAUACCGGACCAUUUAAUGGAUAUUGAUAUUUUUGCCGGCGCGGGUCGUGAUUAUACGUUGGAUGAAGCCUCUGUUGAGCAGAAAAAGAAAACGCAAUCACCUAGCGACGUCAAUGAGGAAAGCAAACCCACCAACUAUUUCUCUGGCAUCUCUGAUGAAACUCCGUUGGAUGCUUCACAAGAUGUCAAGCAGGAUGAUGAGAUCAUGAAGGAGACAAAGCAAGAGGUAGCUGCGUUGUUGAAACGAGCCAACGCUGAAUCCUCGGCGGAGGCAGCUGAUACCAGUGCAACACUCAGCAGAAAACGUGGUUAUGAUCAAGUGCCGGAAGAUGCGGAUGCGAAUGACAUUGACAUGUUUGGGUUAAGCACCUCGGCACUACCGACGUCAUUUGAGGAACGAAAACGCACGGUCGUUUAUGACGGCGAAUCGGACGAGGAGAAAAAUACGCACAGUUCCCUGGUAGAUCAAGGCACUCACCGGAACAAAAAAGCCCAACUGACGCGAUGGGAUUUUGAUGACGAAGAAGAGUGGCAGAAAUAUAAAGAUUCAGUGGAAAUCCACCCCAAGAGCGCUUUCCAGUUUGGCGUAAAAAUGGGUGAUGGGCGAAAACGCAAUCGAGAGAAUCGACGUGGGAUGAGCGACAAGCAGAAAUUGAAUCGAGAAUAUCAACAAGUAAAGAACAUCAUGGAUAAAAAGUACGGCAAAUCAUUGUAAAUAAACUUAAAUCAUCAUGC